AUGGCGACGGCUGGCGGUUUGAUUAGGGACGAAAAAUGGAUCCGUGGUUUCUUUAUGAUCAUCGGCAAAACCACGUGUGCGAUGGCUGAAAUAUGGGGAAUACGGCAGGGAAUGUUUCUAGCAAAAAGCUUGGAGGUGGCAAAACUCAUUAUCGAGGCCGACGCAAAAUGGAUCAUUGACGCGUUGAAUAAAGAUGAAAUUGAUAACAGUCAGAUGACAGUUAUCGUUAAGGAUUGCGUAGAAAUGAAGGAAGGUUGGGUUACGGAGAUAAGGCAUACCUUGAGAGAAGGUAACCGGUGUGUUGACCGUCUGGCAAAAAUGGCGCUCGAAAAGAGGAGGGAUUGCAUCUUCUGGAAGAGCCCCCCCGACGAACUGCAACCUUUCCUCCAAGCUGAUUCUCACGGUCUUGAAACCCUGAGAUGGUAG